AUGGUUCGAGAGAAAAUAACAGUAUCUACUCGGACACUACAGUGGAAGUGUGUUGAAUCAGCAGCAGACAGUAAGCGUCUUCUUUAUGGGCGCUUUAUUCUGUCUCCGCUUAUGAAAGGUCAAGCAGACACAAUAGGCAUUGCUAUGCGAAGAGCUUUGCUUGGAGAAAUCGAAGGAACAUGUAUCACACGCGCAAAAUCUGAGAAAAUAUCACACGAAUAUUCUACCAUAAUGGGUAUUCAAGAAUCAGUACAUGAAAUUUUAAUGAAUUUAAAAGAAAUCGUAUUGAGAAGUAAUCUCUAUGGAACUUGUGAGGCGUCUAUUUGUGUCAGGGGCCCCGGAUAUGUAACUGCUCAAGAUAUCAUCUUACCGCCUUAUGUAGAAAUCCUCGAUAAUACACAGCAUAUAGCUAGCUUGACGGAACCCAUUGAGUUGGUUAUUGGAUUACAGAUAGAGAAGAAUCGCGGAUAUCUUAUAAAAGCGCCAAAUACCUUUCAAGAUGGAAGUUAUCCUAUAGAUCCUGUAUUCAUGCCUGUUCGAAAUGCGAAUCAUAGUAUUCAUUCUUAUGAAAAUGGUAACAAAGAGAUACUAUUUCUCGAAAUAUGGACAAAUGGAAGUUUAACUCCUAAAGAAGCACUUUAUGAAGCCUCCCGGAAUUUGAUUGAUUUAUUGAUUCCCUUUUUACAUACCAAAGAAGAAAAUUUAAAUUUAGAGGGCAAUCAACACAUGGUUCCUUUACCCCCUUUUACCUUUUAUGAUAAAUUGGCUAAACUAACAAAAAAUAAAAAAAAAAUGGCGUUGAAAUCGAUUUUUAUUGACCAAUCAGAAUUGCCUCCCAGGAUCUAUAAUUGCCUCAAAAGGUCCAAUAUAUAUACAUUGUUGGACCUUUUGAAUAACAGUCAAGAAGAUCUUAUGAAAAUGGAACAUUUUCGCAUAGAAGAUGUCAAACAAAUUUUAGGCAUUCUAGAAAAAAAUUUCGUAAUUGAUUUACCGAAAAAUAAGUUUUAA